AUGGCGACCGAAGUUGAAGAUGUCGCAAUCUCUUUCGGCAACCUCAAUAUUGCUAGAGACUCGCCUCAGAACACUGCCAACCAAAUCGGCUAUCCAAUAAGCGAUUCCCUAGUCUCUUUCCAGGAUGAUGUUGAAAAACUUGCUGAGACCGCUGAGGUUGUCAACAUUCGAGCGCAAAGCAUCAAGCCCUUGAUUGAAGAUGCAGUGCCUGGUACCCUGUCCAUCACGGAGAUUUACUCUCUCCAUGAGAGCACCAAGAAGUUUUUAGGUAUGACCGAAAACCUGAGAACCACCGUCGACACGCUUAGGGAAGUGACUGAAAGCUCCAUUAUUAUACAUCUAAGAUCACUUGGCGAGCAAACCAUGAAUACCGUUCGCGAGCGACUUCGAAUCGAGGAACUGUUUUCCCAUUUCGAAAUGGAAAUUAGAAGUAUUAUCCGCCAAAAACACGUACUGUGGAAGGUCGCUGAAGAGUGCUACAUGCAAGCCACUAGUCGCUCUGGGACUCUUUAUGUCAGCAGAUAUCUCGACUCCCCUCAAAAGGAUGGUCAGAAGCCACUGCUUGAUCACGAUUCGGUGGGCCAAUUUCAUUCUAUGGAUAUUGGAGAAGAGCACGGAAACCAAGCAGACAGCAUGAAAAUGCAGAGUUGGGUCAAUUUCUGGGCCAUGGUGUUGAGCAAAUCACCUGACGGGCCGACGUUGUUUUACCCACCGUUGAGUCCCAACAGUCAGGCCCUCAAAAUUGAAGACGCUCCUACGUACCUUUUCCGAACCUUUGUUGAGGCUAGCCCUGGACCGAACGACGACAGUGUGAUAACCUCCGCGGCCAGCCGUGUUGAAUUGCCGGGAAACGGUCGAAUCGAUCUAUUGCAGUUAGAAAGAACCGUCGCAGCGGAUUGUUUGGAAACACAUCUACAUAAAGGACUUUUUGACGUGUUUACAAACGACAACCUCAUGUCAUGGACAAGCUCGUUACUCUUCGCGAUCCAAUACGCAAUCUAUAGAGGCCAAUGGCCCUCGCCUGGUGAUAUCAAGAUUUGCGUAGUGGAUACUAGGGAAUUCCCACAAGGGCAAUUUGCGCAAGAUCUGUGGUUAUUUGAAGCAAUCGAGUCGACAACCUUACCACAAGGUCCAGCGCGAAAGUUCUUUGAGUUCCGUCAAGAAACGCCAGACUUCUACAACGGCGAGUACCUUUCCCAAGGAACGGUGAACAUCGCCAAUCGAUCUUGCAUCACGUCCCUGAAGAGCUUGAAAGACGCUGGGCUCUCUGAGCUUUAUCCAGAAUUCGACGAUCCUGAAGGCACGCUCCACAUUGCUCGCAAAUGCUUCGACUCAUUUGCGCCGGUCGAUGUAGCCGCCGUCCUUCUCACCUUCAAGCUUCGCAAGAUUCGAAAACCACAACCCGAAAAUCUUAAAUGGGCUCUUCCACGGCGGCCGAAAUGGGCCAAAAAGCCAGCUGAAACCCGUCGAUAUUGGACUGCUGCUAGGUUUUGCGAUGGAUUGCUCCCCGUAGAGGCUGAACAAACCUCUUCAUUAGACCAGGAAAAGGCAUUCCUACGUCGCAUCUGGUUACCAUGA